AUGGCCGACAGAAGACGUAUCAAUGGCCCACCAGGUGGUACAAGACCCCCAGUCUUUGCCUCUGUUCAGCAAUCCUCCACUGGUGCCGCAGACCGUGCCCGGCGCCAGCGCCAGCCCGCCGAACUACGGAAAAUCUUCUUGAAAACUGGAUUGAUUCCAACUGCCUCAGGUUCUUCAUACCUUGAAUUUGAACCCUCCGCCUCCCUCGCCGCCGCCCGCUCCAACCCCAAAUCUCUGAUCCCACCUUCCUCAGCUCUCAAGCUGGCCUGCACAGUCCACGGACCAAAGCCACUCCCUAGGUCUGCAGCAUUCUCGCCCAACCUCGUUCUCACAACUCAUGUCAAGUACGCGCCUUUCGCUGCCCGCAAGAGGAAAGGGCAUAUUCGCGAUGCUAGCGAGCGUGAUCUGGGCGUACAUCUAGAGACUGCCAUUCGCGGCGCAAUCGUUGCUGAGCGCUGGCCCAAGAGUGGACUGGAUAUCACAAUCACCGUUAUCGAGGCAGAGGAUGACCGCUGGUGGGGCGAUGCUCCCAAUUCGCACGACGCCUCGUGGGGAAUGAUGAAUGUUCUUGCCGGGUGUAUUACAGCUGCUUCUGCCGCAAUUGCGGAUGCUCGCAUUGACUGCCUUGAUCUUGUUUCAGGCGGUGUUGCUGCUUUGGUUGCGGAUGACGAGAGCCCCUCUUCAACGGGAGCUCCACGACUCAUGCUUGACAUGGAUCCCGCGGAGCAUCAAUCCAUUGUGUCUGCCUGUGUAGUGGCAUAUAUGCCUGCCCGUGACGAAAUCACAGAGCUCUGGCUUAAGGGAGAUAGCUCAAGGGCUGCUCUCGAGAAGGAUGAUGAGCGGACGGGCCAUGAAGCUUUGGUGGAUGGAGCUGUUGAUGCAGCUCGUGGAGCGAAUACUGUUCUGGCUGAGGCUGUGAAGGAAUCUAUGGAGAGAUCUAUCGCUCAGGUCUAG